AUGACAACUUUAAGCCUCGGGAAGAUCGACGAAUCCGAAGAGGUCGCAGCGGUCGAUGCCGCUGCCGCAACUGACACAUGGCCGGAUGUAGCGAGCUGCCCUUUUGAAGAGAUUUAUGGAUUCUGCAGCUCGCUUCGUCUCCCUGGUCGUUGUGAAAGUAAAGCAGACCACUUUGAUACACUUCAACCCACGCAGAAUGUUGUGGGUUUCUUACUGGAGCAGAAGGCGCCUUCAAGAGGUGCAAAUGGCUCUGAGACACCAGUGCAGUUGAAAUUUUCCGUGGAAUACAUGAAGCACUGGCCUUCAUAG